UUACAUAGACACAAAACAGAUUGUCUUCAAACAAUCUGAGAUCUCAUCUGACACCAAAUUACCAUAAAAAGAUCAUUUGGACAAAACUUCCAAAACUGAGUUUUGUUUUUGUUGCCCAUAACCUCUUUUGAUCCUUCUGAUUCAACAACAAACUCUGUCACCAUCAUAUCUUUUAUGGGUUUUUACAGCUAAGGCUGUAGUUGAAAGUUGACACAUUCAUAAAAAGGACCACAGAGUUUGUACAUAGGUUCAUAGUAUUCAAGAAUCAAGACCAGAACACCUCCAUAUUCUCUGAACUCACAUAAAAAUUAUUACUUUCUUGUCUUGGGACACAACUAUUGCUUCAACUCUGCCCAUACAAAUUUGGUUUUUUCUUUCCUUUCUUUGGAGCUUUGCUACAUAUUCAUUGGUCUCUAGGCCUUUAGUACUUGCGAGUAUGGAACGCUAAGAAUUGAGUUGGAGUCAGCUAAAUGAAUCCUCGCGACAAAUAUAGAAACUGAAGAUUGCUAGACCAUUUGGAUACACCCAUAUUCAUGUAUAGUAAUUGCAUGAGAAAAGAUGGUAACAUUGUGCUGGAGACCUUCUGUAAAGGGAGAUGGUAGCGGGCGAGGAGGAGAUACAAAUGGGAGGUUUAAUGGAUUAAUGUGGUAUAAGGAUUUGGGAGCUCAUGUCAAUGGGGAAUUUUCCAUGGCAGUAAUACAAGCCAAUAAUUUGAUGGAGGAUCGGAGUCAGCUCGAAUCAGGGCCAUUGAGUUCUUUGAAAUCAGGACCGCAUGGAACAUUUAUAGGAGUUUAUGAUGGACAUGGAGGACCUGAGACAUCGCGGUUUAUAAACAAAACUCUGUUCUCCAAUCUCAAGAAAUUUGCAUCAGAGCAUCAAGAAAUUUCUGCUGAUGCCAUAAGGAAAGCUUUCUUGACAACUGAAGAAGAGUUUCUAUCACUUAUAAAGCGACAAUGGAAUGAGAAGCCACAGAUUGCAUCAGUAGGAUCAUGCUGUUUAGCGGGCAUAAUAUGCAAUGGACUAUUAUAUAUCGCGAAUGUUGGAGAUUCACGUGCAGUACUAGGUAGAGUAGAUAAAGCUACAAAGAGUAUAACGGCUAUUCAAUUGUCAACAGAACACAAUGCUAGUAUUGAGUCUGUGAGAGACGAGCUUCGCUCAUUGCAUCCUCAAGAUUCGCGAAUUGUGGUUCUCAAACACAACGUUUGGCGUGUGAAAGGUCUCAUACAGGUUUCAAGGUCAAUUGGUGAUGCCUAUCUUAAGAAGUCGGAGUUCAACCAAGCACCAUUAUUGGCAAGAUUUAGGUUGCCUGAACCUUUCUCGAAACCAAUCCUCAGCGCGGAGCCAUCAAUAUCCGUUCACAGACUCAGUUCAAAGGAUCAAUUCGUCAUAUUUGCUUCAGAUGGUCUAUGGGACCAUCUUAGCAACCAGGAAGCUGUUGAUAUUGUCCACAAUCAUCCUAGAAAUGGAAUUGCUAGAAGACUUAUCGAAGCUGCUCUACAUGUAGCGGCCAAGAAAAGAGAAAUGCGUUAUUCAGACCUAAAGAAGAUUGACCGAGGCGUAAGAAGGCAUUUCCAUGAUGAUAUUACAGUUGUAAUUGUGUUUGUUGAUCCAUAUUCCAUGAAUAGAAGUUCUUCUCGUGGUUCAAUUCUUUCCAUUAGAGGAGGUACUCCCUCCUCCCCAGAGUCCUAAAAGGGCAGGACAGCCCAGUGCACAAGGCAUCACGCACUCACGCAGGGGUCGCACCUCUAGGGAUGUGAUGUAGAUAGUCUACUCUAAUGCAAGCAUUAGUAGCUGCUUUCACUGUUCGAACCUAUGACCUAGAGACAACUUUAGCCUCCCAAAGUCCUAGUUCCAACAUUUUUCAAAGGUCAAAUCCACUUGGAGAAUUGCAAA